AUGUCAAAGCAGGCGCAGCUUAUGGAGGUGCUGAAGAAGGAGGUGAGAUCACUGCUAAUGGCUGCCAAAGAGGGCUUAACCCCAGCACAGCUGGAGCAGGAGUACAUGGCCAUGAUCGGCAAACCUCUCCCUCUACGUGACUUGGGCUUCCGAUCCACCUUGGAGCUGGUGGAAGAUAUGCCUGAAGUUGUCAGAGUCUGUCCUUAUGAGAAAGACACUUUUAUCCUCAAAGCCAUUGCAGAUGAGACCACCAAAGCGAUUGCCAAACUGGUUGCCAGACAGAGAAGUGCUAGGGCACGGAAGAGUGCUGCUGUGAAGGCAGAUGCUGCUUCUCCCUCUAAGAAUCCACAGAGUUUCCUUCGGAGGGGCAGGGCUCCCGUCCUGCCAGCAACGGUGAAGGCUGAGCUGCAGGAUCUGCUGAGUUCCUCACCACUUCUGCUCUUGGACUUUGAUAAGGCCUUCUUCAGACGCUUUGGCCGGGCGUUCCAGUACACGCAAUAUGGAUUUUUCUCCAUGUUUGAAGUCCUCAGAAGCGUGUCUGAUAUCAUUGCAGUUGAGCAGACAAGAGCAGGUUCCUUGCUGACCCUGAAGAAGUACCUGGCAAGUGAGAUAGAGAAGGAAGAGAUGCUGCAAGCACCUGCAGCUGAGAUGCCUCCUUUGGAACCCAACUGCGAGACAGAAAGCUUCCACCUGACAGCAAAAGAGAAGUCAGAGCCAGUGGAAACACGAGCAGUAGAUUUGGGUGAUGGCCUCAAACAAGGUAUGAAAAUGAAUGCUUCUAUCACAGGGAAAGUUUUAAUCCAACCUCAAGAUUUGGAGCAGUCCCUACUAGACAAGUUGAUAAUGACUCCAGAAAUCCCCCCAGAUGCUGUUCAGGACAGAAGCCUUUGCAGUUUACCACCACUGGAGAGAAGGUGCUUGGUGGGAGUCUUUGUGGAAUUCAUCGUCUCUCCUAGCCAGUUCUACAUCCACAUCUGCAGCAGGGAAACGUCUGAUAAACUGCAGGAUAUGAUGAUUGAGAUGAGGCACUGUUACUCAAAUAAACUUGUUUCUGAUCGUUAUAUCAUGCCUGAGUCUUCAGUACAGCCUGGACAGCUUUGCUGUGUAACGGUCUCAAAAUGGUGGUACCGUGUUAUUAUCCACCGUGUGAUCAAUGACCAAGAAGUAGAGGUGUUCUACCCAGAUUAUGGAAACCUCAAAAUUGUCCGAAAGUCUUGGCUGAGAUUCCUCAAGUGGUGCUACUUGAAGCUCCCUGCUCAGGCCAUCCCGUGUUCCUUGGCAUGGGUAAAACCUGUGGAGGGCACGUGGUCCAAUGCAGCAACCCUCCUAUUCAAGGAGCUGUGUGUCUCCAAGUUACUUGUGGGCAUCGUGGAUGAAUACGUGAAUGGCAUUUUGCAUCUCUUCCUGUGUGACACAUCCACUGAGGAGGAUGUCUACUUCCACUGUGUCUUGAGGGAUGGGGGAUGUGCUGACAUCUGCGGAGAGAACAUUCCUUCCCAGGGAUUCAAGGAACUGAAUCCUUCAGCCUUGUAUGUUCAGCCCAGUGGAAAGCAGGAGAAUGCUGAACUGGUGGAGCCAGACCUUAGCUUGCAGCAGGAAUCUCUAGAUGCAGAUAGCGAAACAGCAAGCUCAAAGCUGGAUGGGGAUGAACUGUGUGACCAGCAACGGCACCUGUCUGCUAAGAAGGAGACACAGGAUGAUGUGCGGCCACUUUUGGAUGAAGUGAGUGUCCCACGAAAAACAGACCAAGACCCUGAACUUGCACAGGAGGAUACAAAUGAAACUCUUACAGAGCUUAUGGCAGCGGUUAAGACACCUCAUUCUCUUGGAGAGUCCUCAAUGCCUGCUGUCUUAUUCAAGUCAGUGGAAGACUUUUACACCUCCUUUAUCUACUCCAAGCAACCAGCAGAAAUGAGCCAAGAUGACCCUGAUCAGAUAGAAAGAUUUUCCAACAAGGCCCAACUUCGUGAAGCUGUGCAUCCCUCUGUUCUACUUAUGGCAAUACCGUUUAUGCUGGACAACCGUAACAAUGAAGAGAAAAUGAAGAACAAAGACCUUCCCGGGAGUCUUGCAGUUGGCCUGUGCGGUGCCAGUGGGCUGUCUGACCAAGGGCCAUCUCGGAAACUGUAUGUCCCUCCUACCACGCUAUCUGCAGUGUUGGCAGCUGCACGCUUAGCCACUUCCAGUGACUACUUCCAGUGGCUCCCCAGCCUGAGAAGGAAGGUGUGA